AUGGAGCCCCAACAGAGUCCAGAAGGAACUCGUGGGGGGAGUCCCGUGACAGUACCUGGUCCCUUUGAGCACGCCCCGGCAGAACGCAAUAUAAGGAGAGUCGAUAGUGGAUAUGGCCCUGGUUUUACUGAAGUCCCAGUUGCAGCUCCAGCCACAAAUGCAUCAUCCGGCGAUGCUAACAAUGCCCAUCAUCAGCCCGAAGCUGCUGCUGAGGACUCAGGCUCGCCGCCAGCUACAGGACCACAUAUCAACACCACAGAAACAGCACUGGAUGAAUUCCAGCCAUCGUUCUCGGCAUUCGGGAAAUACGAAAAGUUGUUCAUCGUGGUUAUGGUGACUCUUGCUUCGUUCUUCUCCCCUCUUUCCGGCCAAAUCUACUACCCCGUCAUGCCAACAUUAGUACAGAAUUACCACCUCACCCCAGAGCUGAUCAACCUCACUAUCACAGCGUACAUGAUCUUCCAAGGCCUGGCACCGAGCUUCAUGGGCACAUUUGCCGACGCCGGGGGCAGACGUCCAGCGUACAUCAUUGCAUUUGUAGUAUACACCGCUGCCAACAUCGGGCUGGCGUUGCAGAACAGUUUCGCGGCGUUGCUUGUCCUCCGCUGUCUCCAGAGCGCAGGUAGCAGCGGCACCGUGGCUUUUGGAUAUGGCGUUUUGGCGGAUAUUACGACGACUGCAGAGCGUGGGAAGUAUAUCGGGCCCAUGGCAGCAGGUGUUAUGGUUGCGCCUGCGCUGGGCCCUGUGAUUGGUGGUCUUUUGGCCAAAUUUCUCGGCUGGCGCAGUGUCUUCUGGUUCCUGGUCGUUAUCAGUGGAGGAUAUUUAGUGUUAUUUGUGCUUGCUAUGCCAGAGACGGCGCGCAAGAUUGUUGGUAACGGCCGUGCAAUACCAAAUGAGUGGUGGCGCAGAUCGGUCAUCCAGUGGUGGUUAAAGAGGCAGGCACAGUCGGAUGAGGAUGGGCAAAGUGGUGCAGAAGAAUCACAACAGCACUUCCGGAGUACUGAACGACUUAGGUUUCCGAAUCCUCUCAGGUCUUUCGUCAUUAUGCUGGAGUGGGAUGCCUUGAUCAUCAUCUCGUACGCCGGCAUUGUCAUGUUCUCCAACAUCGCUCUGUUGACAAGCACUCCCAAUCUCUUUGGUCCACUGUACGGAUUCAACGAGCUCCAGAUUGGUCUAUGUUUCUUGUAA